AGACGCCGUUCAUCUGGGUAACGCGCAUUUUGCGUGCGCGUGCAGGUUUCCCUAUAAUAAACGGUCAUUAUUAUUAUUACUGUUAACGGCCCACGAAACGUCAAUCGCGAAUAUUGUUGUGAACAGGCGUGCGAUUUCUCAAUGCGAUAAACAUUUUAAGUGUUCGGACUACCGUUUAAGAGAUAAAAAAAGAGACAAAAUGGCUGAUCUGACGAUGGGCAAAGGGGUUUCCGCAGGAAAAAUAGCCAGUAACGUACAGAAAAAAAUAACCAGGGCUCAAGAAAAGGUUAUGCAGAAACUUGGCAAGGCAGACGAGACCAAAGACCUUGCAUUUGAAGAAGGAGUGAUUAACUUUAACAAACAGCUAGCUGAAGGCACCAAACUGCAGAAAGACCUGCGAGCCUAUUUGGCCGCUGUGAAAGCGAUGCACGAGUCCUCUAAACGACUUCAGGAGUGCCUAGUUGAUAUGUAUGAACCGGAAUGGGAUGGCAAAGAUGAAAUGGAUUCUGUUGUAGAGGAUUCAGACCUCCUGUGGACAGAUUUUCACCAAAAGCUAGUGGAUCAUGCUUUAAUCUCCAUGGACACUUAUUUGGGCCAAUUUCCUGAUAUUAAGGCCCGAAUAGCGAAGCGUGACAGAAAGCUGGUGGACUACGACAGCGCCCGUCACACAUAUGCUGCAGUAAACAAGGGCAAGAAGAAGGAAGGGGGGAUUAAAAUUUCCAAGCCUGCCUCUUUGUUGGAGAGGGCCACUCCGGGAUGGGCACAAGGAAUUCUAUCUGCUCAUAAUAUCGCUCAGACCAACCUGACCAGGAGUCAGGCAGAAGAAGAGUUAGAGAGGGCACAGAAGGUAUUUGAAGAUAUCAACAUAGACCUUCAAGAGGAGCUGCCAUCACUUUGGAACAGCCGUGUUGGCUUCUACGUGAACACCUUCCAGAGCGUGGCUGGUCUUGAGGAGAAGUUUCACCGAGAAAUUGGAAAGCUGAGCCAAAAUAUGUAUGAUACCCUGGUGAAGCUGGAGAAUCAAGACUUAUCCAGAAAAACAGGUAACCGAGAGGAGAAGACCUCAACAGUCAAAAGGAGUGAAGGAAAUCAAGAUACCAAUGACACUCUGAGUCCGGCAGUACCGGCUAUCCCCAAAUCUCCAUCUAAGCUGAGACCUGCUGUUCCUCCACCACCUAAAGUCACUCCAUCCAAGGAUCUGAAGCAAGAGAACAUUAUUAAUCUGUUUGAUGAUGCUGCUGCUGUCGGCAUUAGUGUUACGUCUCCCACACAAUAUGAGGCUCCAGUUACUAGUAAUCUUUUAGACAUGGACCUGGACACACUGCAGGCAGCUACCACACCUGUAGCCACUGCUUCAGCACAGAACUGGGAUUCAUGGGAGCAAACUGAAAGCCACACUGAAGCAGCUCAGUCAUGGGAUGAUGAUGGUAGUCAGCCUGUGCAUACUGCCCCACCUGUUUAUCCUACCUGGGAUGAUGAUGCCAGCCAACCAGUACAUGCUCCAGCUGCAGAGCCCACUUGGGAUGAUGAUGGGUCCCAGCCGGUGAAGGCUGAGGGUUUGCAGAAUGAUGGGGCUCAGGGGGCGGAAAGUGCAGUUACCACAGAACAGCCUGAAUCAACUGCCGUAACAACUACAGAGAGCACAGACAUGCCACCAAACUUCCUUUACAAAGUCCAAACAAUGCAUGAUUAUGCUGCCAAUGACUCAGAUGAGCUGGAGAUGAAGGCAGGAGAUGUGGUGCUUGUGGUGAUGUAUGAUAACCCAGAAGAACAGGAUGACGGUUGGUUGAUGGGAAUUAAAGAAGCUGAAUGGAUUCAGAUGAAGGAAAACAGCAAAAAAGGAGUGUUUCCUGAGAACUUCACACGGAAGAUGUGAAAGCCAGGAUAUGACUUUUUGCCAUUCACUCUUCUUUUUGUGAUUCCUGUUCUCCAUAUUCACACUUUCUGGCUGCUCUUUGAGAAGAGAGGUAUGCGAAUUAUCACUGCAGCAACACAGACAGCCUACAUCGGCACACGGGACUCGUGUAUACAGAGGGAUUGUUAGACUUUGUCGGCAUAUUGAGUAUUUGGUCUGUAUUUAAUUAAUUGAAGGCUCUCUGAAAUGUGUUGAGAUAUUUUUACACAGCUUAUAUGUCUCUGUCAGAAUAUUACACAUAUACAACUAAUCUUUCAAGUUAUUUCUUGUCUGAUAAGUCAGUACACAACAGGUAGAUGAAUAUAGGAAUCCAGUAAAUAAUAUCUAGGAGUAAUAUUUUAUAUAAUACAGAUGAGAAAGUCUGCAUGAUAUUCCUUGAGUAGAUAUAAUCACAUCACAGCUGGGAAUCAGGAGGGCUUGACCAUUUCAACAUUAUUUAUAGUACAGACUCUUAACUAGAAGACCUCAAAGUACUCAAAUUUACUGUCAUGCUGUAAAAAGCUCCUAAUAUAUGCAGCUAACCACUGGCAUAUGCAGCUAAUUUAGACAGUAAAGAAUAGAUAUUCUGCUCAGGAUAACUGGUAGAAAAAUGAGCAUAAACACUGUGCCCUGUCUGGCCCUCAGAUAUUCUUAGGCAAUGUUGCCU